UCACACGGCAGUUUUCUUCUCAUCUUCAAAACAAUAGCCAUGGCCAAUCUGCCCUCUCCUCCCGCUCUGCUUUUACAAGCCUCCGAAUUGAGGAGCCAAUGUCUUAAAGAUUACAAUAACCCGCGUCUCAUAGCGACUGUUAACAGUGAUAUUUUUGAAGCGCGAAGAUCCCCAGAGGUUUAUAAUGCCCGAAGAGCCAUGGAGGAUGCCAUAGUUGCUUAUACAAGACAAGCUUGUAGAGUCCUUGCAGAGGGCGCAUUAGUCGUAAGUAGCAUGGAGGAGAUUGAAGCUCUGUUGGUGCUACUCAUACGUGCUACACCACAUGAUCCGCUUCUAAGCGUGGUGAUUAAGGGCCCCGUACCGCAGGGGAAUGUGGUAGAUCUCCUCGUAGCGCAAAUGAGGGCCACUUUGGAGGGUGAAGGCAUUGUGUUGCGGCAUGGGUAAGAUUGUUUCUCCACUGCUCUUUUUCGUUUUAUUGCAACU